AUGACAGCCGAGAACCGGCUGCCGCCGGGCCCCCCGCCGCCGCCCCCGCCGCUGAAGGCGGACGCGGUGCCGCCGGGAGAGGAGGCGGCGGCGGCGGGGGCGGGGGCGCGGGGCGGGCGGCGGCGCCGCAAGCGUCCGGCGGAGCGGGGCAAGCCGCCGUACAGCUACAUUGCCCUCAUCGCCAUGGCCAUCGGGCAGGCGCCCGAGCGGCGACUGACGCUCGGCGGCAUCUACCGCUUCAUCACCGAGCGCUUCCCCUUCUACCGCGACAGCCCCCGCAAGUGGCAGAACAGCAUCCGCCACAACCUCACCCUCAAUGACUGCUUUGUCAAGGUGCCACGGGAGCCCGGCCGCCCCGGAAAGGGCAACUACUGGACGCUGGACCCUCACGCCCGCGACAUGUUCGAGAGCGGGUCAUUCCUCCGCCGCAGAAAACGCUUCAAGCGCAGCGACCUCUCCACCUACCCGGCCUUCCUCGCCGAGCGCCCCGCCGCUCCCUGCCGCCUCGUCCCGCUGCCCGCCCCGCCGCCCCCCGCCGACCUGCCCCCGGCACCCGCCGCCGCCUCCUGCGCCUUCGCCGCCACCUUCCCCGCGCAGGGCUGCGCCUCCGCCGCCCUGCCCCACGCCUACGCCCCGCUGCCCGCCGCCCCCGGGCCCUAUGCGCCCUCGGGCCACGGGCCGCUGUACGCGCCGUCGGGGCGCAUCGUGCUGCCCGCCUCUUCGCCCGGCCCCGCUGCGCUCUACGGCCGCCGCUCCCCCCCCGCGCCCUAUCCGCCGCUGCCGCAAGCCUACGGCGCCGGAGGGCAGCUGGGCGCCGCCGAGCCCGCACCACGGCACGGCACCUACCCUGGAGGCCCCGACAGGUUCGUCCAGGCGCUCUGACCCAUCCCGGAGAGGCCUGACAGCGCAGACCGGAGCCCGGGAGAGGGCGGACUGUGGGGGUCGCCCGGCACCGCUGUUCCCGGGGCCGCCCGGGAAGAUGCUGAAGAACCUUAGGCUGCACCUCUGCAUUCUCCCAUCUGCCCGGGCUUCCUGGCAAGCAGUGUCGCAGUCAGCCCUGGGGACCUGGGGUGUCCUACCCAGCCCUGUCUGCUCUCGGCAGAAAAGUCCUGGGGACUCCCAAGUGCCUGGAUGGGGCAAACAGUCUAUUCCUCUUCUGCAGCCUUUCCUGGGGCAGGUGCUCAAAGCUUCCUGCCAGGCUCCCACCUUCCCGGCACACCCAACUGGGCCCCUUCUGGUCUACCCAGGAAGAUUUCACGUUUAAAUGUCUCUCUGCUGUUGAUUUUUUUUUUUUAGAGAAUUAAAUGUUUGUUGGUGAGGUGAAGGAGGGAGGCAGGAGGAAGCAUUCCCUGGCCUCAUGCAGGCAAAGCUGCAAAAGCAGAUUGCAUGGCACUAAUGUGGUGGCAUGUCCCUGAUGGCUAUUGCUUUAGCCCCAGGCUUCACACCAGCAGUGUGACCAAGGCUGGAGAAGGUUUGGAUGCCAGGGCUGCAGGAAAACGCAUCAAGUCACAUCCUUCCAGUGUUGUGCUCUGUGCUUCAGGGGUGGGAACCGUGGUGGGAUUGGAACUACAAAAACUUCUACCAUGAGCAUGCCCAGCCCCUGGAAGAGGGACACAGGGAGGCUGUGGGACCUCUGCCCUUGGAGGUCUUUCCAACUUGAUUGGACGGAGCCUGAUCUGCCUCUGAAGUUGUAGCCAAUGUUGAAUUUGGACCUGUUUUGAGUGGAGACCUGAUCCUGAGGUCUGUGGAGGUACUUACAGCCUAAAUUACUUUGAUCCUGAGGUCAGCUCAGCUCUGUCUAUAGCCUAGAAAAAUUGGCUUAUAUAGGAGAAAACUUUAUUUUCUGGAACACAAGAGGCACAUGGUGCCUUUUCAUCUUCAGUUGCUCCACUUUCAAGCUUUCCUAGGGUGGAAAAGAGACUAGAGAAAGAUAUGGAGAGGGAACAACUAAUAGGAAUGUCUGUGAGAGGCAAAGGCUUGAAACUCAGACAUACCCCUCCCAGCAGAUCCCACCACCCUGGAAAGGGCCUGGAGCAGUAGUGGGUACCCAGGGCUCUGCUUGGGGCUGUAGAUGUAGAGGGAACUGACACAACCCUGCUCCCAGAUCUUCUUAUACAGCUCCUUUUUCACGUGGAGGUGGGGAACCUGUGUAUCCAGGGCCAGGAGGAGGUUGGUGAGAAGAUCCUGCAGUGUCGUGGAGCCUUGUAUGGAGAGAGGGAGUGAGAAAGUGCAGCCAGAGCCUCAACAGGAGCUUUGGAAGAACAGACAGGGUGCACAUAGACCAGAGUCUCUCUCACCGGAGAAGGGUGUAGAUCAUAGUAUAACUCAGGUUGGAAAAGAUCUUGGGAAGUUUAUCUUCCAAUUUGGUACCCAAAUCAGGGUCAGCUAUGACUCAGACCAGUAGGCUCAGCCCUAUGUAGUUGAGUCUUCAUCAUCUCCAAGAAUGGAGACGGCACAGUCUCUUUGGGCAACCUGGCUGUCCUCGUGGGGGAGGAGUUUCUCCUUGUACCCUCCAUUUAGCACUUCUCUACCCUCAUUUCAUGUCUACUGUCUCUUGUCCUAAUGCUGUGCUUUGCUGCAAAGAGUUUUUGAUCCCAUGAAGACACCAGUACCUUCUGCUCCACAGAGUAUUUUUCUGAUGAGGUCCUCAGCAGGAUGAAAUUUGUGUAGAGGCAGCUUCCUUGCUUUCUCUGGGUGCUACGGUCCACAUAUCCAGGUGGGACAUGAGAGAGGAGAUGGAGUGGAGCAGAAAGGUGGUUGGGUGUUCUCAGUGUUCUCACAGCACAGCUUGGUGUGGAGAAGAGUAAAGCCAUCUGCAGCAGCUGGGCAGGAGAAGUUGUAUGUCUGCCUUCCCCUGGGCUGUGAAGUCGGAGAUGAGUUUUGGAUUCAAGGGUUCAGAGUGCACGGGGAUGGCGUGUGGUGAGCCACCUCUUGGGCUGGGAGGCUGAGACUGGCCUGAGAGCACUGCCCCAUGUCCGUGUAGACCUGUCUGUGGCAGCGCAGGAAGCUGCUGUCCAUACAGAGCUCGAGAGGCUGCACUGCCACCAGUGGGGGGCGGGCACAGACAGCAAGUGUAAGCACCACUCAGCUCUUCGGUGUGCUGAGGUCAGUCAGAUUUCUCCUUUCCUAUCCUUUCGGAAGAGUUGUGUUGUAUCUUCCUUGUUCUUCCUGGUCCCAGCACAUCCAGAAGCUGCUACCAUCCUGGAGAGAGCAGAGUUCUGUCUGCAGCCUGGCUGGCUGAGCCAGGGGCAGAUCUCCUCAGCAGCUGUGCUAAAACCUCUCCCAACUCUUCUUUCACCAUCUGGAAGAGGAUCUGUACACCUAGCUGUGCCAGCUGUUAGUAUUUUUGAUAGCUUCUGGCUCUGCUUUCCUUGCCUGCAAGGACUGGACUGUGUCACUUUGACAAGCCAUGCCAGCCUCUUGCUCAUUUGGGGGUAGCUGGGAGAAGAGCUGUCCUACUUUUUAAUGCUUUCUUUCCUUCCUGUGGAAGCAGUUGUCAGUGUGGACCAGAUAAUUUUCACUGAAUCAUAGAAUAUGCUGAGUUGGAAGAGAGUCAUCAGGAUCAUCAAGCCCAGCUCCUGUCCCUGCACAGAACAC